CCACACAUCAAGGAUGGGGGCUACAGCACCGCGUGCCACCCUCCUGUUGCUCACAGCGUUCCUGACUCUGACCCAGAUGAAGAACCAGAGCUUUACUCGUUCACACUUCAUGCGGUAUUUGGUAACCACAACUGCAUCUCGUCCGGGUCUUCGAGAUUCCCAUGUCUUCGUUGUUGGCCUUGUAGACUACAUGCAGUUUAUGCGCUUUGACAGUGAUGGAGCUAAGCAGAGGAUCCAGGCCAGAGGGCCCUGGGUGAAGCAGUUGGGGCCUGAAUAUUUGGAGUGGGAGAGAAAAAAUGCGGAGAGUUAUUCACACAGGGCCCGAGAAAAUUUGCGAUUUGCAAUCCAGAUCUAUAACCAGAGCGAUAACGUCUUUCACACCUUCCAGUGUUUAAUCGGUUGUGACCUGGGGCCAGACGGACGCCUCCUCCGUGGGCACUAUAGUCAUGGUUUCGAUGGCCGCGAUUACAUCAGCCUGAAUUCGGACCUGAGAACAUGGACUGUGGCAGACAGGACUGCUCAGAUCACGAAGCGAAAGUGGGAGGCAGAUGGUGUAGCAGAGGCCUUCAGCCACUUCUGGAAUGGCUUUUGUGUUCUGUGGCUAUUGAAGCACUUGGAGAUAGGGAAUGAGAUUCUACAGCGCUCAGACCCCCCAAAGGCACAUGUGACC